AUGAAGUCUUUCAUCGUUGGAUUGGCAUGUGCUGCCGUGGCGUGGGCAGCCGGCGGUAACGUUGAGCUUGAGCCGAGAUGGGGCCAGCCGACCAGGACGACUACCCUGGUGACUUAUACGACGGUUACCGUUUGUCCUUAUACGUCGACGGUGACUCGUGGUGGCUCGACCGUCUUGGUGACCAAAUCUACCCUGUCGACCAUGACUGUCACGGCAUGCAGAGGCUGCGCAGGAGCCACCGUCACCAUCCCCGGACCAACCGUCACCAAAGGCACCACCACCCAGGUCGACGUCACUUACACGACCGUCUGUCCCGUCACGCAGACCGUCACGGCCCCGGGAACGACCUACGUGACCACCAAGACCGUCACCAGCAACGUUGUGACCCAGGUGCCUACCGUCAUUUAUAAUACCGUCACCCUGCCCGACGUCACCAAGACGGCCACCGACAUCCUCGUCUCGACCUACACCUCGCUCUGCCCCGUCACCCAGGUCACCACCAUCGGCGGCAAGGAGCAAACCGUCACCUUCACGACCACCAGCCUCCUCCCCACGCUCGUCCCCGUCAUUGAGCACCAGACGGUGACGCAGCCCGACCACACCAAGACUGAGGUCCACGGCAUCACCGCCACAAUCACCUCCCUCUGCCCCGUCACCCAGGUCACCACCAUCGGCGGCAAGGAGCAAACCGUCACCUUCACAACCACGAGCCUCAUCGAGACCGUCAUCCCCACCACAGUCGAGCAAACCGUCACCCAGCCCGGCCAGACAAUCACCGCCACCGACGUGGUCAAGUCCACAAUUACCAACGUCCACCCCGUCACCUUUGUCACCACCAUCAACGGCCAAAAGGAGACCAUCACCACCACAACCACCAGCCUCAUCGAGACCCAGAUCCCCACGACCGUCAUCAAGACCAUCCAGGGCCAGGGCACCACCGCCACGCUCACCAGCGUGGCCUACCAGACCGUCACCAACCUCGUGCCCUCCACCGAGGUCGUCACCGUCGGCGGCGAAAAGAAGACCGUCGUCAAGACCCGCACCGAGGUCGUCGAGGUCCCCCACUCAACUGUCCUCUACCAGACCGUCACCGCCCCCGGACAAACCCUGUCGUCCUUCCAGGUCAUCACCGUCACCCAGGACGUCGGCGGCGGCGUCGCCACCCACACCGUCACCAUACCCGGCGGCGUCGUCACCUCGGUCCACCAGAGCACAAACACCGUCCAGCAGACGGUCCCUUCGUCCACCGCCGUCGUCACCCAGACUUCUGCCCCUGUCGGCACCCAGACUUCUGCCCCCGUCGUCACGGCUGCCGCCCCAGCCAAGACCCCUGGAGCUGGGUAUGUUGUCGCAGCCGUGGUCGGUGCCCUGGCCCUGUUUUAG